CGGAACUGCCGAAGAGGAGGAAGCCAGGAGGCGGCAGUCUGAGGAGGAUGAGUUCAGAGUCAAACAACUGGAAGAUAACAUCCAGAGGCUGGAGCAGGAAAUACAAGCGCUAGAAAGUGAAGAGUCACAGAUAUCUGCCAAAGAGCAAAUCAUCCUAGAGAAACUAAAGGAGACAGAAAAAUCCUUUAAGGACUUUCAGAAGAGCUUCUCCAAUGCGGAUGGAGCUGUGUACGCCAUGGAAAUUAAUGUGGAGAAAGACAAACAAACAGGAGAGACCAAGAUUCUCUCUGCAUCCACCAUUGGCCCAGAGGGGGUCCAUCAGAGAGGAGUCAAAGUCUAUGAUGACGGUACCAAAGUAGUAUAUGAGGUGCACUCAGGAGGCACUGUGGUAGAAAAUGGAGUGCACACGUUAAGCUCAAAGGAUGUAGAAACGCUUAUUCAGAAGGCGGGACAACCGAGCUUCAGAGGAGGGCACGUGUCAGAAAGAACUGUGAUCGCGGACGGGAGCCUCAGCCACCCGAAGGAACACAUGCUCUGCAAAGAAGCCAAGUUAGAAAUGGUACAUAAGUCUAGGAAAGAGCCUUCUUCCGGGACCCCAGGGCAGCAGCCCCAAGCCCCCAGCACCGAAGGGCCCGAGGCCAACUUGGAUCAGCCAGUCACCAUGAUUUUCAUGGGCUACCAAAAUAUCGAGGAUGAAGAGGAGACUAAGAAGGUGCUAGGCUAUGAUGAAACCAUCAAGGCGGAAUUGGUCCUCAUUGAUGAAGACGAUGAGAAGUCACUGAGGGAGAAGACCGUGACGGACGUGUCCACCAUCGAUGGCAAUGCAGCCGAGCUCGUGUCCGGGAGGCCGGUCUCAGACACCACAGAGCCCUCAUCCCCAGAAGGGAAGGAAGAGAGCCUGGCCACAGAGCCAGCCCCAGGGGUCGGGUGGGAGAGUAUGCUGCUAAAGGGAGAUGAGGCAGCCUCGGAUGCCACAGAAACACCCAGCGCAGACAUGACUGUCAAGAAGCCUCCCCAGCUUUCUGAGGAUGACAUCCGGCUAAAAAACCAGAGAGACAACUGCAGUGCCAACCCCUUGGAGCCUGCAACCAGCUCCCUUCCCCCAGAUCACAAAAACAUGGAAAUUGAGGUCUCCGUUGCAGAAUGUAAAGGUGUCCCGGGAAUCACCUCUACCCCACAUUCCAUGGACCACUCCUCCCCUUUCUACUCACCCCCCCACAAUGGCCUCCUCAGUGAUCACCAUGAAGCUCUGGAUAACGACGUGGCCAGAGAGAUCCGCUAUCUAGACGAGGUGCUGGAGGCCAGCUGCUGUGAUUCUGCUGUGGACGGAACUUACAACGGUACGUCGUCCCCGGAGCCUGGAGCAGCCAUCGUGGUGGGCAGUCGAAGCCCAUCUGCCCACGCAGCCGUCCCGCCGGAGCCCAUGGAGAGGGCAGCUGGCAGACAGGCCCCUUCUCACAUUGAGCUCGGGACCAGCUACUCUGACGCCAUGGCAGAGGGUGGAAAAGCCAAUGGCCACUCCCCUGACCAGCCCCGAGAUCUGCUGGGGGACGGCCUGCAAGCCCCCGCGAGCCCCAGCUCCCCCACCAGCUCGCCGAGCUCGGGCCGCGAUGGGGAGCUCACGCUCACCACGCUGAAGAAGGAGGCCAAGUUUGAGCUGCGUGCCUUCCACGAGGACAAGAAGCCCUCCAAGCUCUUUGAGGACGACGAGAAUGAGAAGGAACAAUACUGUGUCAGGAAAGUGAGGCCUUCGGAAGAGAUGCUGGAGCUGGAAAAGGAGAGGAGAGAGCUCAUCCGGAGUCAGGCCGUGAAAAAGAAUCCCGGCAUUGCGGCGAAGUGGUGGAACCCUCCCCAGGAGAAAACCAUCGAGGAGCAGCUGGACGAGGAGCACCUGGAGUCGCACAAGAAGUACAAAGAGCGCAAGGAGAGCGCGUGCGCAGGCCCCGCCCCCUCCCGUGAGCACGCAGACGCCACAGAACCCGCGAAGGACGACAUCGUCACCGAGCAGAUAGACUUCUCUGCGGCUCGCAAACAGUUUCAGCUCAUGGAGAGUUCCAGGCAAACGGCGGCCAAGGGCCAGAGUACACCCAGGCUCUUCUCUAUCAAGCCCUUUUACAGGCCUCUAGGGUCAAUCAACUCAGACAAGCCACUGACCAUCUCGAGACCAGCUUCCAUCGGGGGAUCUACGGAAGAUGGGGGUGCAUCGGCAGCCAAGGGGCCGAAAGCCAGCUGUGCCCUGGACAGCCAGUCUUCGGGCGGAAGCCAGGGUAGCACAGCUCCUCAGGGGAAGGAAGGGCCCUACAGUGAGCCUUCCAAACGCGGGCCCUUAUCCAAACUGUGGGCAGAGGACGGGGAGUUUACCAGUGCCCGGGCUGUCCUCACUGUGGUCAAGGAUGACGACCCUGGGAUCUUGGAUCAGUUUUCCAGGUCAGUCAAUGUCUCCCUGACCCAAGAGGAGCUUGACUCUGGUUUGGAUGAAUUGUCAGUGAGGUCCCAGGAUACCACUGUCCUGGAGACCCUGUCCAAUGAUUUUAGCAUGGACAACAUCAGUGACAGCGGGGCAUCCAAUGAGACCACCAAUGCCCUCCAGGAGAACUCACUGGCGGAUUUUUCUCUGCCCCAGACUCCACAAACUGACAACCCUUCAGAGGGCCGGGGAGAAGGCGUCUCCAAGUCAUUUAGUGAUCACGGUUUCUAUUCCCCUUCGUCUACACUGGGAGACUCGCCAUCGGUUGAUGACCCCUUGGAAUAUCAGGCUGGUCUCCUGGUGCAGAAUGCCAUUCAACAAGCCAUAGCCGAGCAAAUGGAUAGAGCCGUGUCCGAAACCAGCAAGGGUGGGACAGAGCAGGGACCUGGAGCAACUCUAGAGGCAGCCGGAACUGGGGCUCCCGGCUCAGAGAAGCCUCAGAGCAUGUUUGAGCCACCCCAGGUGUCCUCUCCUGUUCAAGAGAAAAGAGAGGUGUUACCAAAGAUUCUGCCUGCCGAAGACAGGGCACUCAGGGAAAGGGGGCCCUCCCAGCCGCCGGCGGCAGUGCAGCCCACUGGCCCGGUAAACAUGGAGGAGGCCAGACCGGAGGGGAGCUAUUUCAGCAAGUACUCGGAGGCAGCUGAGCUGAGGAGCACAGCCUCACUCCUGGCCACUCAGGAGUCCGAUGUGAUGGUCGGGCCCUUCAAGCUGAGGUCCAGGAAGCAGCGGACUUUGUCCAUGAUCGAGGAAGAGAUCCGAGCAGCCCAGGAAAGGGAAGAGGAGCUGAAAAGGCAGAGACAAGUCUUGCAGAAUACCCAGAGCCCCAGGGCAAAGAAUGCCCCGUCGCUGCCCUCCCAAACGUCAUCCUACAAAACCGCACCAGGGAAAAUAGAGAAAGUCAAACCUCCUCCAUCCCCCUCACCUGAAGGCCCCAGCUCGCAGCCUGACUUAGCCCCCGAAGAGGCUGCCGGAUCCCAGCGGCCCAAGAAUCUGAUGCAGACCCUCAUGGAAGACUAUGAGACCCACAAAUCUAAAAGGCGUGAGAGAAUGGAUGAUAGUAGUGUCCUUGAGGCCACACGGGUUAAUCGAAGAAAAAGCGCCCUGGCCUUGCGCUGGGAGGCAGGGAUCUAUGCCAACCAGGAGGAAGAGGACAAUGAAUAACAAACUUCCUUCCACCCAGGAAGCUUCUUUGGUGCUUGGGUUACCAAGAAACCAAGAAAUCCACCCAUCGAAGCAUUUUAAUGGAAUAUUUAUUAAAGUGCGAACGAACUCCACAAUCCUUAUGUAGACCAGAAACUGCAAUGACCAACGGUGAAAAAUAAAGUGAAAAGAAGCCCACCCAUCAAACUCUAUAAACACCCAGGAGUCAAAAGAGAGAGGAUUUUUUUUGAGACUCAAAGAAUCAUCUGGAUUUGGACCAAUCCUUGGAUCCAAAAGGACGAAGCAGUAACAAGCAAAUCAACAAGGCUGCUACAGGCAGAACUGAGACCAGCCUCGCUGGGUGAUGAGAACUAACAUUGGUAACAGGGCUGUUUAGAGCAACAGAGCCCAUGCUGGUGCGAUCUACAGGGCGCAGGAUACUCCCUGCACCGGCCUCCCACCCUCACUCACGGCAUCAGAGGUGCUGGGAGAACUCCGUGUGCUCCAGCAGCCAUAAAAUGAAAUGCAAGUUUCUCUGUAUUUGCCCGGAAGAGGCAAUUAGGAUUCCAUUUCUCUUACAUUUAAUUGUUUUUAAUUGGGAGCAAUCAAUGAUCAAUGAUGGCAAUACAUAAAAUCCACAUUUUUAAGACAAUGUUUCUUCAUGUUGCAAACACAAUCUAUUCUACGUGAAGGGGUUGAGAGAGAGGGAGGAAGCCAAACCAAAUGGAUUAUUUUAGCUUUAGGAUCUCGUCUGCUUAUCGUAUGGACUAAUUUGCUGUUUAUGAGAACACAUUUUCACAAUUAUGUUUCUUCAUAUGAAAACUAUAUUUAGUGGGCAACAACUAUUUUUAUGAUGGGAUGGGGGAGUAUAUCCAUGUAUAAAAUCUACACAUUCAACAGCUUGACUCAAGAUGGUAGGGAUAUUUUUAGAGUGGCAAUAAUUGAAAAAGGGCAAACUCUGCCUUAGAGAGGCAGAGGACAGGAAAUAAAGAGGUGUUUAUAACUAUAUUUUGUAUUAUAAAGUGGACCUAGGUAGGAAGAAUGAGAGAUUAUUUUGGAUCAAUCAGAAAGGAAACAUUAAAGAAAAGGUUAUGAAGGUAGACAGAGAAACAGGGAGGGAGAAAGUAGGAAAAUAAGGAAGUAAGAGAUACUAUUUUUGCUGAACAACCAGCAUUUUUCAGGAUGAUAAAGAGAAAAAUAUAGAAUAGAAAUUUAAGUGGAGGCUUGGAAUCAGCUACAAAUCCUACAGAUUGUGUGUGUGUGUGUGUGCGUGCGCGCGCGUGCACGUGCGUGUGUGUGUGCGUGCACACAUGCACUGGCGCACGUGCCUUUGUGUGUUUGGGUAAAGUGUGUGUACAAGGAUUAAAAUUCCAGAAUGAUCAUGGGACAAGGGUGUACAGUUAUUUCCUCCAAGCUGUUUGCCAGCGUCAGGAGUGAGAAUUUCUUUUUUAUGAAAAGGGAUAUAUAGAGGCACCGGCCUGAUUCAGUAUUUGUAAUAUUAAAUUGACCUAACCUGGUAUUUGCAUGAGUCACAACUGAAAAGUUUUGAGCAGUUUUGUAAUUUGACAUUUAGAAAAGUAUCAUAUUUAUUCUCAUGCUUUGUAUUCAUAGCUUAGUACAACGAUAGAGGAUGCCAGUUUUACUCUCUGUCAUUUAAAGCAAUAUGAUAAGGGUAUUCAAUAAUUGGGUGCCCUGAAUUUCUGGAUGAGAAACAUUUUUAAUUCUGACCAUGAGAAAAAAACUGACCAGCGUUUUUUUUUUUUCUAUUUGUUUUAAAACUAUGUUUUUUUUAAAGAGCAAUAAUUAAGCCAGACCUCACUAAAAUUCCUUUUUUUUUUAUAUUGUUAUGUCAUAAGCUCUAAUAGGUUACUCUGACAAGUAGCAAUAUCACAACACUUUGUAUGUAGAUGUUAGGCACGUUAGCUUUGCUUCUUUUAAUAGACUAGUGUUGACUUUAGGGGGGAAGGUUUAUUCACAGACGAGCAGUGGGCAUAAAGUGAAAGUCCAACUGUGAGAUAACUCACAAGGAUCCUUUAACACUGCCAAGGGGACCUGCCAUUUGAAGCCAAACUCGAGAUGGGUCGUGAGCACCAUCUUUACAUGGUUUAUUCUCCUGAAGAUUCUGAAGGGAUAAUCAGCAAAAUGUACCGGCCACUGGGGACCCAAAACAAGUGAGAUCCCUGCUACAAGGAAUUCAUUUUCAAGUGGGGGAGGCUGGCAUGGAGACAGACAUGCCCAGGAAAAUGAGGUCUGUGUUAGGUGGGAAGUCCUGACGGGUAAAAUGGGAGGACCCAGGAAGGCUGCUUUGCCUGAGGAUUUCCAGCCUUCGCACAGCAGGCACGUGACCGAAAACAGCUGGGACGAGAGCUUCGUGUGGCCCCCGGGGCACAGUGGUAGCUCUGUUGGCUGGUGAGCACAUGGCUUUAUGAGUGCCACCAAAAAUGGAACAUGCUCAUGUUUUCUGGACUGGCUGCAUCUGGUAGUGAUACAGACACAAUAGAGACAAACGCCAUCUUUCAGAAGAGGAAACAGCCCUCAGGUCCCACCUGCAGGUUUUUGUUCUGUUUUGAAGGAAGCCAUGGACCCACCCACCCUACACCUAACAUUUGAAAAAGGAGAAUUUGCAGCUGAUUGGAAAGCUUAGGAGGUCACACAAUUCUUGGAAUCGCUUUAGAGGCAGACCAACUGGCCGUUGACUACAGUUGAUGAACCAGAAGCAUGAAUUGCAUUGUGUAGAGUUCCAGAGCCGAGUCCCUUGGUCCGUGCUCUGUGUGUAGAUAAGGCAAGAAAUGCAGUUUCCAUGGCCCUCCCGCGGUCACAAAGCUGCUUAACUAUGGCCCCUACAUCUCCAACAUUUGCUUGUUCCCUCUGCUGCCUUCUGAUGACUGCUAUUUUUGUGCUCCACUCACUUCCGAUCCUAUUAAAAUGUAAAUUACAGUUCCCUUGGAAGAGCCAGAUUUUCUCUGUGCUCUUGAGUUUUUUACUCAUUCAGAAAACAUUGGGCUUUGUACAUAGCACUGUGCUAGGCUCUGGGAUCCCAAAUGAACCCCUUUUACCUUCUGAAGAUGCAACAGACCCCUGGAGGAGAGUCAUUCCUGCUUAAUCCAUCAAGAGGAAGAGGCUUGUCAAAAAAAAAAAAAAAUGGGCCUCUGAUGCUUGUCCCUGCCCCCAAAUAGCACGCAAGCUUGUUAAUCUCAACUAUAACAAAUGUUUAGAUUCUGUAGAUGUUAAAAGCUUUCCUGAAAGUGUUCCUUUCCACAGUGUUUAUAGAUGUUCACUUUCCUUGGGAGCUGAUUAACUACUGACAUGCCUUGGCUUUCUCAUCCAGAAAUUAUGGAAACAGGGUCUGUCAGUGGUAGGAGGCUGGGCUGUGUUCCACUUGGAUGACACAAUGCAAUUUCCUUGCCUCUUUACGCGUCUGCAUGCUGCCCACCCUAGACAACGACAUAGAAGCAGUAUAUAGACCAGUGUCCACAUAUAUACACAACACACACGUAUAAAGUGUAACAAGAAACACUAAAACAGUGUUGACUCUUGUCUCUGAAGACAAACAUUUUUCCAAUGAAAAAAUGGAUGUAAUUAAACUAUGUAUUGAAAAAAAAAUAGCCUGUGUUUAGAGAUGGUGACUAUAUCCAGUUUUAGUGACAGAACCAAUUUCCUGAAUUUUAAGCAUUCAGUGAGUGAGCCUGCCAAUUUUGAUUUUGUGUCGCCCUUUACCCAAAAGACUUUUUUUUUUUUUUUCGGAGGAGGAGGGAGGGGGGGAAAGCAGCAAUACUGUGUUUGAAAAUUAUACUCUGUAUCUGGCUCUCCUGUGUAUGUUAACCACUUAAAUGUUAUUACCCUGCUUCGGUUUUAUAGUGAUUGUGAGGCAUUCAAUGCAAGUAUACAAUUAUUUUCUCAUUAAAACCCAGUGUGUGCUGUGUUUUUAUAAA